GGCCCGGCCACGAGCAACAGUCUGCUCGCGUGAGCCGUCGCUCGCAAUUCGGCUGCACUACAUCGCGUUAUCAUGACCCAUGGUGUGGGGUGGCGCUCGGUAGCGACGGGUGCGAGGCGAUGAUCGGCCACAUGGGCCGGCCGCGUGCUCACCAUGCGACAGCCGUCGACCGACACGGUCGACAAAGCAGUAUGCACGGAGGAAAGCGGCGCGGCGCGGCUGGAGGCUGUGCUGGUCGCCUUGGUGGAGCGAAAGGCACGCGCGUUGCACGCCGAGCAGGCACGGCGGCGCGCGCGCACCCAUCCUCUACUGCUGCUGCUACGAAACCACGUGCCAGACGAGGAGGCAUCCAUUAUUGGCAGUCCUGGCGAGGAGUUACCGACACACUGGUGCGAGCAUGAAGUCUCCAGACACAAGCACAAGAAACUCAAGUUACGAACUCAUCAUAGGGAGCUAAACAGUCCUGAGCAGUUGGAGCUAGAGCGACGAAGACGGCGACGAAGACGCCACCAGCAUGCGCAAUCCGAGAAGCCAAGAAAACACCGUACGUUACUAGUAUCAGCCAUAGAUGAACAGGCGAAAGUCAUUCAUGUAUUGGAUCCCGAUGAGCUACCUCGUCGUGCACGUUAUACUAUCAUGGUGACCGCCUGCCUCCUUCUCUUCUUAUGCCUGCUGUUGGUGGGUGUCACGCUCCGUAUGGCACCACUCAUCGAUGACAUGGUUCGCCAGGAGAACGAGCGCAUGAUGCACGACGUCCUCCAGGCGGGAGUCUUAAAUCGCACCCAGUCGUUGGGGGCAUUGCGCUGACGCCGCGCUAUUCGCCGCGCCCGCGGCUCGACGUGCGACCCGCUGCAGCACCGCCCGAGGAGCCCGUCGAUAGCGGAACCCAGCCCGACCCCGAU